UGAAGUCUUCGGGAAGCACGCCUCGAUAUGAACGCAGGGUUUAUGCCGCCGGAGGACAACUGAGUUGCGCCCAUGUGCGCCUUGCACCACGUUCUACGCGCCGUCAUCUUCUCCGGACCCGACAGCCUUGUGGCACCUAAACGUGACGAUCCCCGCCGUCCUUCUGCUUCGUGCCACGCGCCUCGCGUGCCUUUUUAACGGCCCGCAGAGACCGCCAGUACAGCUGGAAUGCGCAAUAUGACCUGCAGUUCGUCUGGGCAACUAUCUUCUCGUCUCCAGAACGCUCUUGAUCCCGCCCAACUCUAUGGAAUAUCCGAUACUCGCACCAUGCGCUUCAGGACACCGCGCGACCCUGGCUCCGCAACAAUUCUAGCGAUGACGGAGAGGUCGACUUCUUGUGACCCUUGCCGAGGAGCACCCGAUGAUGCAAGGCGGCCCGCACGGUGCUGGCGGAAUUACUGCGUAUAUAAUACAGCGUACCUCGGAGCAACUGCCGACAGUGGUGAACCUCCGCCGCGAUGUUCUCUGUGCUGCUGGCGCUCUCUGCCCUUGCGGGCCUGCUCCUGGUCAAUGGCCAAUCGCUCAUUGUGCCCGGAGCGCCGUGGAAGGAUACUAGUGGAAACGCUAUUCAGGCCCACGGCGCAGGGAUCCUGAAGGUCGGAUCCACGUUCUACUGGUUCGGAGAGGACAAGUCGCACAAUAGCGCGUCGUUCAAGGCAGUUUCAUGCUACACUUCCACCGACCUAGUGACUUGGGCUCGCCAGAACGACGCUCUCAGCCCUAUUGCAGGGACUAUGAUCUCUAACACCAACAUUGUGGAGAGGCCUAAGGUACUGUUCAACAGCAAGAACAACGAAUAUGUCAUGUGGUUCCACUCUGAUUCGUCGAACUAUGGCGCGGCGAUGGUCGGUGUAGCCACGGCGAAGACCCCAUGCGGCCCAUUCACCUACAAGGGCAGCUGGAAGCCUCUCGGCGCCGACUCGCGCGACGAAGGCCUAUUCCAAGAUGAUGACGGUUCGGCAUACCUGCUGUAUGCGUCUGACAACAACCAGAAUUUCAAAAUCACGCAUUUGGACGCCAACUACUACAAUGUCACAACAGUCGCCAGCCAGCUGAACGGUGCCACGCUCGAGGCCCCGGGCAUUGUCAAGCGGGAUGGGGUGUACUGGCUCAUCGCCUCGCACACGAGCGGGUGGGACCCGAACCCGAACAAGGCUUUCCAGGCCACGUCACUCGCCGGUCCGUGGUCCGCGCAGGCAGAUAUCGCGCCCGAGGCCGUGCGCACAUACUACUCGCAGAACGCAUACGACCUCCCGCUCGGCUCGAACGUGAUCUACAUGGGCGACCGCUGGCGCUCGAACCUGCUCGGCAGCAGCCAGUACAUCUGGCUCCCGCUCGACUUCUCCAGCGGCGCCCCGCAGCUCGUGCAGGCGGAUGUGUGGAGCGUCAACCUCAAUGCUGGAACGUAUUCGGUCGCAUCGGGCACUACUUAUGAGGCGGAGAAGGGCACGCUCGGAGGGUCCUCCAGGCUCCUGACCAACUCCGGCUUCUCCGGCGGCACAGCGGUGGGCUAUCUCGGCAAUGGUGGAACCGUGACCAUCACCGUGCAGGGUCGCGGCACCGCGCAGUGGGUCGCGCUCUACAUCGCGAACGGCGACUCGUCCUGGCGCAACACGACUAUCAGCGUAAACGGCGGCGCGCCCAUCUCGCUCGACCAGCCCAACACCGGCGGAGGCGGCGUCGUGCUCAGCAUCCCCGUGCAGCUCAACCUCCGCUCCGGCUCCAACACCAUCCUCUUCAGCUCCGGCCAGACCAACUACGCUGCGGACCUGGACAAGAUCAUCGUGUACUGAACACCGUGACCGCGCAUACGAUCGCGCCCUCACCCUCGCCCCACAAGCCCGAACCCUGUACGUACUGCGGCCCCGCGCGCAUAUCGAGCACAUUCUAUAUAUCGCCUCCGGCCUCCCAUGUCCCGCGCUCGC